AUGCAGCAAGCUGUGUCCCAAGCAGACCUGAUAAAGUUUAAAACCUCAGAAGAGGUAUAUGACUACGUAAUGUAAAACUAAUUGAAGUGGGUUAUCUACAGUGAGCAAGUUUACGACGUCUCAGAUUACUGGUAUCACCCAGGAGCAGAAAAGUAGGUUGCACCAUACUAUGGAUAGUCGAUUGACGAAGUCUUUGAAAAGAGUGGUCACAGCACUGAGGCUAAGUCUCUCUUUGACAUCAUCCCAAAGAUGGGAUUUAUGUUUUAUCUGCGGCUCUUUCUCAUAAACACCAACCCAGCAGCUGGCCAACUCUAAAUUUCACCUUCUGGGACAAGAGUGCUAGAAUAGCUGAGGAGCCCUUAGAUAAUUCUAUGCACUGGUGCUGACUGUAAACACUGUUUAAAGAAUGAGACUAAGUCAAUUGCAUCUCAUAAGGAAGCUGCAGGGAAGUCUUCCUAUGUGUGUAGUGAGUGCUCUACGGAAGAGAUAGGACCAUAUUUCUCAAAGGGAUCCAAUGGUCAUCUGUAAGGUCUGUGGCAAGAAGGCCAAAGAGAAACGCCAGUUCAAAUUGAGAUCUCAAGCAUUCAAAUUGCCACCACAAUGAAGUGGGGAGGUACCCCUACAUUGUAUGAUGAACUUAAGAAGCUUGAUCUAGAGCUGAUAGAGGCUGAUGAGAAGGUGAACCAUCAGAUCUUGAGAACCCUUGGCGUGAAAGUUAAUGGCAAGUUCAGAGUUGCGGUGGCUCUCACAACGGCUUCCAUGAGAGGCCUUGACUAUAGAUCCUCUGCUGAUGGAAUCCUGAUAUCAUCGUUAAUAGCUAAGUCAUUUGUGAACAAGAGCGAAGCAAUAUAGGGCUAUUAUAGAGUGGGUAGGUUCACUGACAAAUGCCAUAGAGUCGCCUUUCAGGACGUGGGCCUGAUAGACGCCAAAGCCCGAGCUUGUAUACAAACUCAACGCAUCUAAGUUUUUAUAAGCUCUAUCCAGAAAGACCAUCCAGAUGAAACAGAUUAAUGUAACAGACCUAGCAGAUCAAAGCAAGAAGACACCAGCGGCUACAAGCAAGAAAACACCAGCAGCUAGCAAGACAGCACCAACAAGACAAGACAACAAUACCACAACAGGGCAAAUUAAGACAUCUUAUUAAGGAAGAGAAACAAGGGUCUAUUGAGCAGACACCACAGCCGUCAGAGUGACAGAUUGGAGAUGGCCACUGAGACAGCAACCACUACAUACAAAGGAAAGAGAGCUUUGAGAGGCACACCCACUCAGGCAAUAAGCCCUUACGUAAUUAUCGCUAACAAACUUAGCAUACACUGUUGUUUCCUUUUCCUCUGUUUCAUAAAUUCAACAAUCAUGUCAAUGAGCCAUAAAUUCGCUUGGAAGUACGAUUUGUCUUUGUUUCAUACCUUGGACAGUCGAUAGGUCAUUUAUGUAUCACUUUAGGUUAUUUGCGCAUUUGUCAAUGUUCGCAUUUCUCAUUCAACUGGAGUUGAGAAAACAUAAUUCAUGAGUUUUCAGCCAAAAUCUUGA